GCGCCCGAGUCGGGCUUUCGGGUCACCCUUUGCGCUGGAGCGAGACUAGGUCGCGCCGAACCCCUGGGGACACUUGCAGCCUGAUUCUUCCCGUCAGGACCCAUCCCACCAUCCGCCACCAUGCCUUUCGGAAACACCCACAACAAGUACAAGCUGAACUUCCCACCGGAGGAGGAGUUCCCUGACCUCACCCAUCACAACAACCACAUGGCCAAGGUCCUUGACAUCAACAUCUACACCAAGCUGCGUGGGAAGGAGACCUCCAGCGGGUUCACCCUGGAUGACUGCAUCCAGACCGGCGUGGACAACCCAGGCCACCCUUUCAUCAUGACCGUCGGCUGCGUGGCUGGAGAUGAGGAGUGUUACGACACCUUCAAGGACCUCUUCGACCCCGUCAUCCGCGACCGCCACGGCGGCUACAAGCCCACCGACAAGCACAAGACCGACCUGAACCACGAGAACCUGAAGGGUGGGGACGACCUGGACCCCAACUAUGUGCUCAGCAGCCGCGUGCGCACCGGCCGCAGCAUCAAAGGGUACACCCUGCCCCCCCACUGCAGCCGUGGGGAGCGCCGUGCUGUGGAGAAGCUGGCUGUCAAAGGGCCCCCGGCCGGGACGGCGGGCGCCCCUUCAGCGCUGCGUCUGCUUCGGCUGGCCUGCGGCUCGGGGGCUCUGUCGCCGCUGGGGGCACGGAGCAGCACCGCGCUGCUCGUGGGGGGGGCGCUCGCUCCGGAUCGUCCGCCUUGGGCUGCGCUCCUGCUGCGCACCUGCCGGAAGGAAGGCGGGUGGGGGCGGGAACGAAGCGGGCAGGCAGAGGUGGGCAGCAGGCCCCCCCCUCCCGGCGCACCAGCGCCCUCCGUGCGGCGCGUGCAGCAGGGGGCGGCUGGAGGGGCCAGCCAGGCACGGAGGGCCGAGGUCCCACACGCCGCGCUCGCUCGCUCCCGCAGGCACAACGACAACAAGACCUUCCUGGUGUGGGUCAACGAGGAGGACCACCUGCGCGUCAUCUCCAUGCAGAAGGGCGGCAACAUGAAGGAGGUCUUCCGCCGCUUCUGCGUGGGGCUGCAGAAGAUCGAGGAGAUCUUCAAGCAGGCCGGCCACCCCUUCAGCUGGAACGAGCACUUGGGCUACAUCCUGACCUGCCCGUCCAACCUGGGCACCGGUCUGCGCGGGGGGGUCCAUGUCAAGCUGCCCCACCUCAGCAAGCACGCCAAGUUCGAGGAGAUCCUCACACGCCUCCGCCUGCAGAAGCGCGGCACAGGCGGCGUGGACACCGAGGCCGUGGGCGCCGUGUUCGACAUCUCCAAUGCCGACCGCCUGGGCUCCUCCGAGGUGCAGCAGGUGCAGCUGGUGGUUGACGGCGUGAAACUCAUGGUGGAGAUGGAGAAGAGGCUGGAGAAGGGCCAGGCCAUCGACGACAUGGUCCCGGCCCAGAAGUGAGGGGCUCCCCAGCCUGGAUCGGGGCUCGGACUCCUGGAGGGUGACCCCAACCCUGCCCCUUCGAGCAGCAGCCUCCCGCUGUCCUCCUCUCUCCGGCUCAGGAGAGGCGGGGGCCCAGCGGGCAGCUGCCCCCUCAGCUGGCUGGGAAGCUCCCGUCACCGGAGCCUCCGUGGAAGCAGUUAAUAAAGCUGACGAAGGGCCCAGAGCCUAGCUCCUCAA